GCCAUCAUACAAUGUCAUUAAAACCCCCAUGGUGUUUGAGUAGCCCGUGGCAGUCUCUCCGGAUCAUUACUUGCUGCCUUCUUCUCUUAGGAUCUGAAGGAUACAAGAAGGCAAGAUGUCUGACAAAAAGAUGUCCUCGAGUCGGAGGCAUCAGCUGAAGAGCUUGAUGCUUUCCAUUGCUAAAGGUCUUAUAGAAGCUGAGUCAGUUGCAGCAGAGGCCUCAAGAAUUGCUUAUAUGGAAGAGACUUGUCCACCUUUGGACCUCUCAGGAUCUAUGGCAGACCUUCAGGAGCUGUGCAAGAAGCUCCAUGCAAAGAUUGACAAGAUAGAUGAGGAUAGAUAUGACCUGGAAAGCAAAGUGAGCAAGAGUAACAAAGAGAUUGAUGACCUGAAAAUUAAAGUUCAAGAUCUGCAAGGCAAGUUCAAGAAACCCGCUUUGAAGAAGGUGCGCAUGUCUGCAGACUCUAUGCUUCAGGCUCUGCUUGGCUCCAAACACAAGGUGAACCUGGAUCUGAGAGCUAACCUGAAACAAGUAAAGAAAGAGGUCAAAGAGGAGUCAGUAGAACAAGUUGGUGACUGGCGUAAGAACAUUGAAGACAAGGCCGGUAUGGAUGGCAGGAAGAAGAUGUUUGAGACCUCCUAAUUACCUCAUAGCACAAUGCAGCUGGUUGUUUUUAUCUAGAAAAGCAGGCAGAGUACUUUUCUUUGCUAUUGCCACAUUAUAGGCCAUAAUUCUUUUGUAUCUGACCUAAAGAUAAUACAUUUCAAAUAUAUUCCUGCCUGCUGAAUAGUAAGUAUUGUACAAACAUGCUUCAAGUUAUAAAUAAAUUUCAGAAAUGUUUUAAUGA